GCCACGUCUAAAAUAGAAUGUCUUUGGAACGCUAUUUGUUUUCUUACGUAUCAAUGCGCGAUGCAUAGUAACGCCGUUGCUAAGGGCGCCAGUUUUCCCGCCGCCAGCGAGAUGAAAUUUCAUCCGAGUUGACAGCUGAUUGCAUCACGAUGUACGGCCUUUCGGCGAAAAUGGCGAUCAUCCUUGCAUUCAGUGACUCUAUCUGUAAGUAUGUCUCUAACCACGCCACCUUCUCUUCUGACAUUUUGUUUUCCCUUAAUGCGCACCCUGGAGCCUCAGUAUAUGAUUUGACUUCUGACAUCUCUCGUCACCCUUUUGUUGAGCCUGACCUUGUGUUCGUGCAUGUGGGGACUAACUGUCUUCCCAUGCACCGUCCACUCAGCCGGACUCUUGAUGAUUUCAGUUUCCUUAUUUCUGUUACCAAGUCUCGCUUCCCGUCAGCCUCUGUUGUCAUCUCUAGCAUCCUGCCUAGGUUUGACUCUGAGGUCUAUGACAGGAGGCGGUCUGAGUUAAACUCUCAUUUGCUUCACCUAUGUUCUCGCCAGGGUGUGUUUUUCCUUGACAAUGGUAGCCGGGCUCGCCGGGCCAUGUUUUCUGUUGAUGGUUUACAUUUGAGUAGAGCAGGGAACAUCAGCUAUGCCAAGUAUCUUUCUUUUUCUUUGAGCCACUACCUGCAGCUGCACCGUCGCAACUGCCAGCAUCGCUUUACGUUGAGGGGUGAGGAGUGGCCUGGGUUGGGGACGGAUGGAGGAAGUGGAAGAAGGACAAGGAGCAUCCAGGAGAGGAGCAGAAGUCAGGGGAGUACCAGGGACAGGUGGAGUGGGCUAGGGUAG